AUGUCUCAUUAUGGGAAUGAUGGGCUGUCGGGGUCUGAUGAUCCCAAUGCCAUGGUUUCCCAGCCAUUGAGGGAAUUUGAGAAUUCCAAUCCUCAGGAAGCGCUCUCUAGCCCCCCGUGGUCUGAAUACAAGCCCCGACCAACCCUAAGACCAGUCAUCUUCGAUAUCAACCACCCGUCUUCGUUUGAAAUCAUUGUCCCGAAAGUGAAAAAUCCAACCGAUUACGAAUAUCUUCCAGGCCACUUUGCAGUAAACCGCAUCUUGCGUCGAAUCAUGGAUAAUCCGGACAAGCCUUCAUACACCGUUCUUCUCAAAAGUGGAGAGCGUGAAACUAUGUCGUCAGAUCGCCUGAUGCGCCUCGAGAAUAGCACACAAGCUCUGGAUGAGUUCAAUCCAGUAUCAGACUCGGACGAUGAUCUCCUCAUAGUCGGCAGACAGCCUAGCUCGCACCGUUUUUCACUUGGUGGCGAUGGAGUCGGAUCUGAUUACGAAAUCCAGUUUUCAGGACGCCGAAGCAUACGACCGCGGCGUGCCGCUACAUCUGGCAUAUACUCAUCCUUUUACACAAUCAAGAAUGGCGAAGAUGAGAGCGACGAUGGAGAGAAUCUUAGUUCGGCCGAUGAACUCAAUCAGCGUCACCCCCAUAAAAGACGCAAACCGAGACAAGGACCCAGAAGAAGGACCCAGAAGAUUCCGACCGAUGAUGACUAUUCAGAGCCACCCAGAGGACAGCGCAUAUCCACUCGUGAAAAGAAAAGUCUUCGGAAGAAUUUGCGCGAGCGAUUGGAAGAUGAUCUUUCCGAGGCCGAGAGCGAUGUUCCAAGACAACAGAAAUAUGCAGGGGCAAGAGAAGUUUUCCGAGAGAUUUCGCGUGACGACGAGUUCAGACAACGACAUUUUGCAUCUUGCUCUAGUUGCAACUUCUACGAGGAUGAUCCGGAGAGAGGACUGCUUGUCUUUUGCCAGGGUUGUAGUUCCUCGUAUCAUCAGGCCUGUCUUGGACCUCGAAGCAGCCGCGAUCACCUUGUGACAAAAAUCGACGAUGGAGAUUUCAUUCUUCAAUGCAAACGGUGCCUUGGCAUUGCUCAUGCGAAGCACGAUGUGGCUCCUCACCUGGGUUGCUGUGCAAUCUGCAAAGAGGAAGGUCCGAUGUCUCAGCCCCUGCGCGAGCGCCUCUCUUCUAAGGAAGAGCAACAGCAGCGUAUUGAAAAUGGUGGGACAGAUCCUGUCACUUCCGUGGACAUGGCCCGCAUCAACAAUCUUGACAGCAUCCUAUUUAGAUGCACUAGUUGUCAACGAGCAUUUCACAUCGACCACCUCCCCGAGGCAGAGGGCCAAGACCCUGUGGAUGUGUUUGAAAAAUAUGCUGUUCAUUGGCAGUGCCAAGACUGCUCUCGUGCAUUGACUGAAAUUGAAGAACUUGUUGCGUGGCGACCUAGAAACUCGGAUCUGAAAGGCUCUACGAUUCCACCCGCCGAGGUUAUCCCAGAGACUGACAAAGAAUAUCUCAUCAAAUGGAAGACAAAGUCCUACUUUCGCUGCAUUUGGAUGCCUGGAGACUGGGUCUGGGGUGUCUGCAAAGCUGCCAUGCUUCGAGCGUUCUACGCGUCCACGAAGGCCAAAAAGCCUAUUUGGACCACAGAGGAAGCGAUUCCCGAAGAUAACUUGCGAGUUGACAUUGUUUUUAGCGUUCGCGGCUCCGAGGAUGCAGAGAACUUUGAAAAUGAUGAAGAUUUGGAGGGAAUUGAAGAGGCUUACGUCAAAUACAAAGGCUUGAACUAUGAGGAUUCUGUUUGGGAAACCCCCCAGAUCCAACUCGAUGCUAUUCGGACUCUUGACUUCGAGCGCGACUUGGCCUUGGAUAUGCAGCCUGAACUUGUGACAGGCGGUGAUCUCAUGGAAUAUCAACUAAAUGGCGUGAGCUGGCUGCAUUACAUGUUUGUGAGACAGCAAAACGCUAUUUUAGCGGAUGACAUGGGCCUUGGCAAGACUAUCCAAGUCAUAGCUCUUUUCGCCACCCUCAUUCAAAAGCAUCACUGCUGGCCGUUCUUGGUUGUUGCUCCAAAUCCAACGGUCCCAAACUGGCGACGAGAGAUCAAGAAGUGGGCGCCGGCAAUCCGAGUAGUCACCUAUUACGGUACUGCUUUUGCACGCAACAUGGCUAAGGAAUACGAAAUGUUCCCUGAGGGCACUACCAAGCUCCGCUGUCAUGUUGUCAUUGCUUCUUACGAAAGCAUGGUUGACGAGGAGGCUAAGCGAGUACUGUCGAGAAUCCGCUGGGGAGGCUUGGUUGUCGAUGAGGGUCAGCGUCUGAAGAAUGAUCGAUCACAACUCUAUGAACGCCUCUGUCAAAUGAAAUUUGACUUCAAAGUCCUCCUGACAGGAACACCUCUCCAAAACAACAUUCGAGAGCUGUUCAAUUUGAUUCAGUUCCUCGAUCCGGAAAAGGAUGCUGACCAACUGGAGCAGCAGUAUGGAACCUUGACAACGGAUAAUAUCAAGUCUCUUCACGAAAUGAUCCGCCCUUUCUUUUUACGCCGUACCAAGGCUGAGGUCUUGCCGUUCUUGCCCCCCAUGGUUCAAAUAAUCAUCCCAGUUUCAAUGUCUGUCGUGCAAAAGAAAUUGUACAAAUCGAUACUGGGAAAGAAUCCUCAAUUGAUCGAAGCAAUCUGCAAAAGACAGACAGGCCAGCUCAAGAAAACAGAAAGACACAACUUAAACAACAUUUUGAUACAACUUCGGAAAUGCUUGUGUCAUCCAUACAUUUACAACAAGAACAUUGAGGAGCAAACGCAUGAUCACCAGUUAGCUUUCCAACAGUUGGUGGAUGCAUCUGAGAAGUUGCGACUGCUACAGCUAAUGCUACCUAAACUUUGCGAGCGUGGACAUAGAGUUUUAAUCUUCAGUCAAUUUUUGGAGAAUCUCGACAUCGUUGAAGAUUUUCUCAGUGGCAUCGGUCUCGAAUACUGCCGCCUUGAUGGGAGGUUGACCUCUCGACAGAAACAACACCAGAUUGAUGAGUUCAACAAGCCCGAUUCCCCAUUCUUUGUUUUCUUGCUAUCGACUCGAUCUGGCGGUGUGGGUAUCAAUCUUGCGAGUGCCGACACUGUCAUCAUUAUGGACCCAGACUUUAAUCCCAAACAAGACAUGCAAGCACUGUCUCGGGCCCAUCGUAUCGGUCAGCAGAACGUCGUCCUUGUUUUCCACUUGACAACAAAGGGCUCGGUCGAAGAAAAGAUAAUGGAGAAAGGCAAAAGAAAGCUUGCUCUCGAUCACGUGCUUAUUGAGCGUAUGGAACAUGAUGAAGAUGAGGAAGACUUGGAAUCCAUUCUUCGUCACGGUGCUCAAGCUUUAUUUGACGACGAUGAUUCUGCCGACGUGCAUUACGACUCCGAAUCCAUCGAUAAACUUUUGGAUCGUAGCCAGGUGGAAAAGAAAGAGCAAAUUGAGCCGCAGACAUCAGGCCCUUCCGACGGCCAGCCGAGGUUCAGCUUCGCGCGCGUGUGGCAGACCGAACGGGGCACUCUAGAGGAGGUCACCGAAUCUGAAGAAGCUACCGUCGACAUCACUUUCUGGGAGAAAAUAUUGCGAGAGCGUCAACGCGAUGCCGAAGAAGAAGCCUACCGGAAUGCCGAGGGCCUCGGUCGUGGAAAGAGAAAACGAGCCACGGUCAACUACCAAACGAUCAGAGAAGAUGAUGAUGUUAUGGAUCUCGAUGCCCCCGAAACAUCACCAGUCAAGGCGCGAAACACAGGCGACAGUGAUGCCGAAUUCCAAGACUAUGAGGGCGUAGAUGACAUGGAUUCCGUAGUGGGAGACGCAACUAUGGGUGCGAUAACUAUUUCUCAGGCAGAAUCAAAGAUACAACCCUUCCAGCGUGCCAUCAUUCCACCUCUCGAGCUCCCCUUGACGUUGGACGGUACAACAGAUCUCCCUCAGUGCAUCGCUUGUGGCCAACAUCAUAUCCUUGGCUCCUGUCCCCUCAAGCAAGCAGGUGCUGAACACUGUCCUCUUUGUGGCUUGGCACAUUUUGGAAAGCACCGCUCUUGUCCCCACCUCCAGUCUGAAGAUCAAGUUCGGCGUAUGCUUGAAGCAUUGGGGAAAAGUACAGAAAACCCGAAGCUUGUCAAAUUGGCGAGAAAGUAUAUCAAAGGAAUACUUGGUCACCUCAACUCACGAGACCGCAAAAUCACCGGACAAAUGCCCACAACUCAAGUUUCACCAGGAUUGCUGCAGGAUUCUGCUCUUCCGGCAUCUUCUACUCCCGUUCAUCAGCGCAGAGGAGACCAAAGUGAGCCCUCCUACCAGAAUCCAUCUCUUUCGUGGCAAUAA